AUGACUCCAUUAAUCAAUUUGCGAAGAGACACCUCUGAAAUUGAGUGUCUCUCCACUCUCAUCUUCGUCUCCAUCAUAUUUACAUCUUAUACCCCAGUGAAUGGAUCCAGGGGCAAAGGCGAUCGGCGUCAUGUUUUUGCUUUAGCAGUCCCUGCAGCGCAACCCGUGUAUAAAAUCCCUCUUCCCCUCUACAUAGCUAUGUAA